CUUGAAAUGAUUGAUCAUUCACCAAGCCAGUAUGCAGAAUUGAAUGAGAUGACUCGAUCAGAAGACACCUCGCAAACCUUACUGAUAAACACUCCACACUGCGCCGAACUAAAAAGCGAAUACGCUUCUCUUAGUCCAUCCACACGCUGCUGGGAAAUUGCUAGUUACAAAGUGACCUUAAAGGAGGUCGUGGGUAAAGGUGCCUUUGGUCAAGUUGCCAAGGCAACGGUGACAGGGCUUCAUGAAAGUCCCAAUAAAACGCUAGUUGCUGUUAAAAUGUUGAAAGACCACGCUUCUGAAUCAGACAAGAAGCAGUUACAGUCUGAGCUUGAAUUGAUGAAACAACUUAAACCUCAUCCUUAUGUCGUCAAACUCCUGGGAUGCGUCACGAAAUCUGAGAUUGUAAAACGCAACAUUCUCUUCUUGUCAAAGGUUGUUCAUCGUGACCUUGCGGCUCGUAAUGUGUUGGUUGGAGAAGGAGAAACAUGCAAAGUGACAGACUUUGGAAUGGCCAGAGAUGUGCAAGAGGACAACAUUUNAAAGUACGAAAAAAAAACUCAAUGCCUAAUGAUGGGAUGCGUGUCAACUCUGCAUUCUUUAGAGAUUGUAAAACGCAACAUUCUCUUCUUGUCAAAGGUUGUUCAUCGUGACCUUGCGGCUCGUAAUGUGUUGGUUGGAGAAGGAGAAACAUGCAAAGUGACAGACUUUGGAAUGGCCAGAGAUGUGCAAGAGGAAAACAUUUACGACAGAAAAUCCGGGGGGCGUCUCCCUGUAAAAUGGACUGCCAUUGAGGCGUUGCUGUACGGAAGAUAUUCCACAAAAAGUGAUGUGUGGAGCUACGGAGUUCUCCUCUAUGAGAUUUUAACAAUUGGAGGUUCACCAUAUCCAAGGAUGGAUGGAAGGAAAAUCGCACACUCCCUUCAAGAGGGAUACAGAAUGCCUAAACCCCAACAUGUGGACGAUAAGUUGUAUGACAUAAUGACAAACUGUUGGAAAAAUGACCCUAACGCGAGACCAUCUUUUGAGCAUUUAAGGAAUGAACUUAAAAAAAUGGAAAGGCAGAAGGGGUUGAUAAACUUUAAAAAUUACGAGCAUCAUCAAUACGCUAAUGUUGACGAUCUUGCAGUGUAACCAAAUUCUAAUACAGGAAAGUAUGGAGUAAUGAAUAUUUCUGCCGGCCCUGCCAGAUCAUUU